UUUUUCCCCAUCAAAACCUUAGCAAGUAGUCAAUUGGCAAAGCUUGCUGAAAUGUUUCGAGCAGAUAGGUUAUCUGGGUAUUCCCAAAGACAUUUCGGUUCCCCACAUUACACCACCCCGCCACUCCUCCGGAUAGAUGACGGCACCACCACACCUCAUCGCAUGUAUGUGAUGGGCCCUACCCGGUAGACAAAUAGCAAGAUGAUAAUUGCCCUGGAAAUACUCAUCAUACAUGUAUAAGUAUGUAUAGGAAGUCAACGUUGUUUCACGCAUGAUCAUGCAAACAUCCUGAUUCCAAGUACUUCUUUAUAUAUACUCUCUUCCCACGAUGACGACGAACAGCGGCCAAACGAACGGAGAAGAUACCUCAACUCCUCCUCCCAUCGUUAUAGCAGGUGGUGGCUGUGUCGGUCUCUUCCUCGCCCUGCUCCUAACCCAGUCCGAAAUCCCGAAUCCCGUCAUCGUCAUCGAGCCGACUUACCCAGAUGCAACCUCCACCCGCGCCAUGGCGCACCAGCCCCUGGUGUUCCCACUGUACGAGCGCGCAGGACUCAUGCAAGACCUCGCGCAAGCCGGCACGUUCUCCAAGGGCCUUUGCUUCCGCACGAGCCCGCAGAACGGGUCGAGAGUCAUUGCUGGCAAGUUGUUCCGCGAGGGAGAGAAGGCACAGAUGUUGUUACCGCAGGGGCAGCUUCAAAAGAUUCUAGUGCAGAAAGUCGAGGGGUCGGGGAAAGGGGAAGUGCGAUGGGGGUGGAAACUCGUCCAUUUUAACGAAAAGCAAGGAAGAGUAAUGGUGGAUAUCGAACGAGAGGAUGGCGGCAGCGACGGCAAGCAAACGAUAGAAGCGAUCUAUCUUGUUGGAGCAGACGGCGCGAAGAGUGUGGUGCGUAAGGGACUAGGGUUGACGUUUGAAGGGGAGACAUUGUCCACUGCGCUUGUUGCCACGGAUAUUGUCUAUGAUUGGCACAAGCACGGUUUCUACGAUGCAAAUUUUGUCGUCGACAUGCACGACUAUGGCCUCGUUGGACGCAUCGACACCGAGGGGCUGUGGAGAGUGAGCUACGGGGUGCCGUCGGAACUGAGCGAAGAAGAGAUACGCAAAGGCGUAGAUGCAAAGCUACGAAGAAUGAUGCCGGACGGGGGUGCGGGCGGGUUCGAGGUGAGGAGGAUCGCACCGUACAAAGCGCAGCAGCGGUGCGUGGAUCAGUUCUGGAAAGGAAGAGUAGGGGUUUGCGGGGACUCGGCGCACUUGACCAACCCAUACGCUGGUCUUGGUCUGGCUUCAGGCAUCGCGGAUGCGUCAUCUCUUGCACCCAUUCUGAUACGCAUUCUUACUUGGCAGGCAACUGACGCUGAUAAGCUCUUGUCGUCUUGGUCGUCGGCUCGGCGCCAGAAAUUUUUAACAGCCGUUGAUAAGCCAUCGCGUGCGGCAUAUGCACGGGUCGUGAAUAAGGUCGAUACGGAAGAAGAUAUCAGCAGGCUGCUCGAGAAGGAUGGACUGAUGGGCUCUUUGAAGAGGGGAAUGCCAGUGAUGCCGCCCAGUCUGGAGACCCAGGUGGACGAGUUGGAAGGGUGGUGA